UUAGAAACACAAAUUGCAGGGACUUUGCUGCCUUAGCUGAGAAUCGGGGCAGGAAUUGCACAAAAUCAUCCUUUGUGGUUUUGGGUUGGUUUUUUUUUGUUUUUUGGGGGGUUUUUUUUUUGUAGUUUUUUUUUUUUUUGGGGGGGGGGGUUCCCCAAACCAGAAACAGCUGGAAAAAAACCACCCCAAAAGAAGCCAAAAGUGUGGGAAUCCUGGAGCUGCCUUCAGCCUCCCACCCUCUGUUUUAAAGGAGCCUCUUGGAGCCUCCCUCCAGCAGGGGGAGGUUUUUUUUUGGAAGACAAAUCCUUCGUUUACAUCAUUUUUUUGUGGAUCUCAGUGUGUUUUUUCAGGGUUGGGUCUUUGCCUUAUGCUGGGGAAAAUUUAAAAAAAAAACAAAAAAAAAAAAACAAAAAAAAAAUGGGACUUGAAAGUGCCCAGCUCUCCCCACAUGAGCCAAAAUUCCCACCCUGGGACAGCAAAAUUCCUGUUGCUAAAACGUGACAAAUCCCUCUGGGGGUUGGUUGUUUUUUUGGUUUUUUAAAUUUUUUUACUGAUUUCUACAUUUUCCUGUACUGAUUCUGUAAAAUAUUCAGCUCAAAUUGAAGAAUUUUUGCACAACCUUCGGCCACUUUUGUACGUUUUCCUUAUUUAAAGGUAGGACACGGAGUCUUUUGAUGUGAUUGAUGCCUCAGAUCUCUUCCCUCUUUUUUGUCCUUAACUUUUUUUGUGGAUAUGAGAUAUCUCUUGGAAUAUAAAAGUUUUUAAUCCAUUGUGUACAAUUCCCUCAGUGUGUUUCACAAGGGAGUGAAGGUGAGAAGAGCUCCCAAACCUGAUCUAUCAGAGGCCAAAAAAUGCCCUUUUCUAUCCUACCUCUCGCCCAGCCUUUAAAACAAACAAAAAAAAACAUAAAAAACUCACAAAAAUGGAAAAAAUGUGAAAAACUUUUUUUUUUAAAAAAAAAAAAAGGGAAAAAUGAAAAAACUGAGCUGCUUGUGUGUGUUUUGUCAGGUGUGGGCACAGGUGGUGUGGUGGGGUUGAGAGGGAGUGGGUGGAGCUGGGGGGAUUUUGGUGGGGAAAUGAGUGGAAUUUGGGGGGAGAAAGGCAAAAAUUGGGGGAGAUAAAAAACUGGGGGGAGAAAGGCGAAAUUUGGGGGAGGAAAGGGGAAAUUGGGUCAUUCUCUCCGCUGGGGCUGAUGGGAGUUGUAGUUCAAACGGCUUAGGCGCUUUAGCACCUCCUUGGACUACAACUCCCAGCAGCCCUCGCGGUGCACCACGUGAUGCCAUCAGACCAAUAGGAGCGCACCGGUGGCGGAAGUGGAGCCCCCCUCACGGCGCUCCCGGUGGCGGUAACGGGGACCGGGACGGGCCGAGGUGACGUCAGAGGCCGCGAGAGAUGCUGGGAAACCCCGGGAGACGCCGCUCCAUGGAUCCGUGCCCGGGCCGCCCCAAAGCCCCGUCCUUCCUGUCGGACCUGGGCAAGGCCACGCUGCGGGGCAUCCGCAAGUGCCCGCGCUGCGGCACCUACAACGGCACGCGUGGGCUGAGCUGCAAGAACAAGACGUGCGGCGCCGUGUUCCGCGCGGGCUCCCGCCGCCAGCCGGGCGCCGACGCCGUGCGCCUGCUCACCGGCUCGCCCAGCCAGCUCUACUCGGUGCGCCAGCGCGACCAGCGCUGCUUCGUGGAGCUGGGCGUGUCGCAGACGGCCAUCCAGACCCCCGAGGGCACGCUCAUCACCCAGCUGAGCUCCGGCCGCUGCCACGCGCCCGCCUGCGCCAGGGCGGCGGCCGACAAGCAGUGCCAGCACCUGAAGCUGGCGCUGGGCUGCCAGGCCGAGGCCACGCCGCUGCCGCUCAAGAGCUCGGUGCUGGGCACGGUGCAGGCGCCUGCCGAGGCCAAGCAGAGCCUGUGGGAGCUGGCCACCGAGCCCACGGGGCCGCUGGUGCAGAGGGUCAGCAAGAGCGUGCUGGUGGUCAAGUGUAAGGCCAGCCAGAGGCACAGCCUGGGCUACCUGCACGCCAGCUUCGGCCAGCGGCGCUUCUCCUGCGCCUGCCGCGCCCCCGGGCACGGCCACGCCAAGGGGGACGACGAGGAGGAGGAGGAGGAGGAAGAAGAGGAAGAGGCGGCCCCCACGCGCUGCAUCCACUUCCUGGCCUGCAUCUGCGCCUUCGCCAGCGACGACAGCCUGGCCCAGGAGUUCUCCCACUUCCUGGCCUCUGACGCUGGUGGUCUGAAGGGCACAGUGAUCCCCCAGCUGCUGCGCGGCCCCGCAGCCACAGCACGGCCUCGGGGGACAGCUGCAGCCAGGGCCAAGAGGAGGAGGAAGGACCUGGCAGGGCCGCAGGGGCCCGGCCCCCUCCUGGCUCCGGACCCGGCUCAGCCCAGCCCCAGGAGGAGCGGCCUGAGGAAGCCCCCGGUCGCCUCCUCAUCCUCCUCCUCCUCCUCCUCCCUGAAGAGACACGGGUGUCCCCAGGCGCUGGAUGAGUCCCAGGUGUCGCUGUCCUUCCAGGAGUGGCUGGGCAGUGUCACAGAGCGCAUCCACCAGACCAUGCACUACCAGUUUGAGGGCCACCCAGAGCCGCUGGUUUUCCACAUCCCCCAGUCCUUCUUCGAGGCUCUGCAGCAGCGCAUCUCCAGCGGCAGCGGCAAGAAGAGGCUGCCCAACUCCACCACGGGUGAAGCAGAUCUUCGACACGCCCGAGGUGCCGCUGGAGAUCACCCGAAGCUUCGUGCAGAACCGCGACGGCUCCUACGAGCCCUUCCGCAGCCCCCGCGUGGAGGUGGAGAGCCUGGCCGAGGGCCACGAGAAACAGCCCCCGCUGCGGCCCCUGGAGCUGCAGACCUUCCUCAAAGUCGGACACACGUCCCCCACGCAGAAGGAGCCCACGCCCUUCACCAUCGAGUGGAUCCCCGACAUCCUGCCGCGCUCCCGCCUGGGCGAGCUGCGCCUCAAGUUCCAGUACGGCCACCACGGGGGGCCCCGGCAGCCCCCCACCCGCGGCACGCCCCCCGCCGAGCCCCCCCCGCUGCCGCUGCCCCCCCUGGGCGCCAUCGCCUUCCCCUGAGCCCCCCAAAAAGGGACGGGGGGCUCGGGGCGGGGAGGGGCACCUGGGAGAACCCCCAGAAUAAAAACCGGCACCCCGACAGUGUGUGAGUGUGUGUGGGGGGAGACGGAAUGGGGGACCUGG